UGGUAUUAGGUAUUGCCAUGGUGCGGUUUUAUAUACAGAAAGGAACACAUAGAGGCUUAUUCAGAAGCGUUCAAAAGACGCUUAAAUUUUUCCAGACAUUUGCUUUGCUUGAGGUAGUCCACUGUGCAGUUGGAAUAGUUCGCACAUCUGUGCUUGUGACUGGGGUCCAAGUGAGUUCAAGAAUCUUCAUGGUGUGGUUCAUUGCACAUAGUAUAAAACAGAUCCAGAAUGAGGAGAGCGUUAUUCUUUUUCUGGUCGUAUGGACUGUGACAGAGAUUACUCGAUAUUCCUUCUACACAUUCAACCUGCUCAACCAUUUGCCAUACUUCAUUAAAUGGGCCAGAUACAACUUUUUUAUCAUUUUGUAUCCUGCUGGAGUUGCAGGUGAACUGCUAACCAUAUAUGCUGCUUUACCCUAUGUGAAGAAAACAGGAAUGUUCUCACUGAGACUUCCCAACAAAUAUAAUGUCUCCUUUGACUACUAUUACUUCCUUAUUAUCGUCAUGUUCUCCUAUGUGCCAUUAUUUCCACAACUCUACUUCCACAUGCUGCGGCAGAGAAGAAGGGUGCUUCAUGGAGAAGUGAUUGUGGAAAAGGACGAUUGACUCAAGCUGUGUAACUAUGGUGCUUUUAAUGGAAAAAAAAGAGGGUAAAAAACCAAAACUUCCUGUGAUUUUUCUGAGUCCAAGUUUUAAAACAUGGAACAAGAAUAAACAACUGUGC